CCUCAGACAGAGCAUUAUAGCAAGUAAUUACUGCACUGACUGGUCAAUAUAAGAAGAUAUAAUAUGGGUGACGACUUGGCCAGGUUCCUAGCCACUCCCUGAUCUCACUCCCUGAUCCCAACGCUAAGUAAAUCAUUGAGUGAGAUAAUGUUUAACAAGAAGGGAAGCCAAAGUACACUAAAUCAUCCGUAAGGCACCAAGACAUUCAGCAAAUGGUACCGAAGGCUCUAAUUCACAAUUUGGUACGUUAAUGUGGCUGGCCAUUAUGAGGAAUUUCAGGGUCCUGGUUAUUGUGCUCUCUUUCCUACACACACAGGUAAAAGCACAGACAGAUGGAAAAGGACCACUUACGAAUAAGGACUUUACAGUUCUAGAAGAAAGCCCACCAUUUGCAAUAUACCAGUUUAUAAAAAGCAACCCAAAUUCUGAGACAUUUGUUGUUGAAGGUGAAACAGAUAAUGUUAUAGAAAUUUCACCCACCAAUGGAAUACUGAGGACAAUUCAAAGUCUUGAUAGAGAAAGGAAAACAGUUUACAGAUUACAGGUGAAGACUCUCAGUUCCUCUGGAUCAACUGUAGAAGGUCCAUAUACUGUUAACAUUAUUGUUGAGGACAUUAAUGACAACCAACCACACUUUAACCAAUCUGAGUAUCAAGGAGAAGUAAGAGAACAAUUCAGACCAGGAAAACCGUUUCUCACAGUCUAUGCCACGGACCCAGAUGAUCCGGACACCCCAAAUGCCCAGUUAUCAUUUAGUAUACUGCGCCAAAUUCCUCAGCCAGAUACAUUUAUGGUUUUCCAGAUUAAUAACAAGACAGGAGCGAUCUCCACCACUCUUAACGGAAGUGUAAUUUUGGACGUAACAAAGUUGAACCGGUAUGAACUGGUUGUCGAGGUGUCUGAUUUGGCAGAACAUUCCUUUAGUGAUACAGUAAAGGUGGUCAUCACAGUAAAAGAAAACCUUUGGAAAGCACCUCCACCAGUAUCAAUAGCAGAAAAUACAAAUGAAGGUCUUCCGAUAAAAAUUACUGAGGUCAGAUGGAAUGACCCUGACAUUAUAUAUGUACUACAUCAGAGAGACAAGUUUAUACGAUUCCCUUUUAUUAUUGAUGACAAAGGAAAUAUUUAUGUGACUGAACCUCUGGACAGAGAAGAAAGGCAACAGUAUAUAUUCUAUGCUUUUGCUAAUAAUGAGAAUGGACGUACUGUGGCAAGGCCUCUUGAAAUCGAGGUGAAUGUUUUGGAUGUUAAUGAUAAUAGCCCUCUUUGUCCAAAUGCUGUGACAGUGUUUGAAGUUCAGGAAAAUGAAGGAGUUGGAAGCAGUAUAGGCACUCUUGAGGCUACUGACUUGGAUCAGAACUCGUUGGUAACCUACGAACUCCUGGACCAGAAUCCUAAAUUGCCUCAAGCUGACAUGUUUUUAAUACAAAGACACACUGGAACUAUCCAGCUAAAAAAACCAGGACUAAAUAUUAAAGAUGUCCCUAUGUACACCUUAAUUGUAGAGCUUUCUGAUGAUGGACUUCCUCCUACAAAUAACACCAUUUGUGAAGUAUCAAUUCGAGUUAUUGACCAAAAUGACCAGAUUCCUAUAUUUGACAUUUCUGAUUAUGGUAAUGUGACCAUUGCAGAAGAUUCACCCUUGAAUACGUUGGUAAUGGAAAUACAAGCUACAGAUACAGAUGAGCCAUUUACUGGGAGCUCUGCAAUUUUAUACCAGAUAACUGGAGGAGACCCACAGAAGAUGUUUAUCAUGGAAACAAACCCAGUAAACAACACAGGAUAUUUAAAAAUAGCAAAGCACCUUGAUUAUGAAUUAUUCUCAGAACAUAACCUUGUGAUUGAAGCCAGAAACCCAGAACCAUUGAUUCCAGGAGUUCACUAUAAUGAGAGUUCCAUAACACGCAUAAGAAUUUUUGUGAUUGAUAUUGAUGAAAAACCCCAUUUUAAUCAGAGUAUUUACCAAGCCCAGGUACUUGAGAACGUUAACAUAGGAACAAAGUUAGCUACAAUAGUGGCCAUUGAUCCUGAGGGUGAUAGCUUAAGGUUCCAAAUUAAAGGAGACAAACAUAACUGGCUUAGGAUAGAUGAAAAUUCUGGAGAGAUUUUCAGCAAUGCAUUAUUAGAUCGUGAAAAGGAGAGUCAUUAUGAAGUUAUAGUGGUUGCGACAGAAAGAAAUAAUCCACAGAUGAGUUCUCAAGUACAUUUUAAGUUGUAUUUGGAUGAUGUUAAUGACAAUGCACCCAGACUAGCAAAGGAUUAUUCUAAUACUUUCUUCUGCAAUCCUCCGAGCAAACUAGAAAGUUUUAUAAUUCAAGCAACUGAUGAUGACACACGAUCUGGCCGACCUUUUAAAUUUUCCCUUGGAGGAAAUGCUAAUGUAUCAAUGGACUGGACAAUUUCAGAAAUAAAUUUUACCUCUGCACGCCUUUCAAUGAAGCAUAUCAACUUUGCUGACAAAAUUUAUGAAAUUCCAGUUAAAAUUAAUGAUCAAGGGAGGCCUCCAAUGGAAGGCACUGUCUAUGUUCCAGUGAUUUUUUGUACCUGCUCAUCCUCUAAAACCUGUGAAAAUAAGGAAGUUGGUGAUACAUCACUUACAUCUGUUGGUAUGGCUGUCGGAAUCUUGCUUGGAACACUAGCAUUUAUAGCUAUAAUUCUCACUGCUGUAUUUGUUACAAUGAAUCGUAAAAAGAAGAAGGAAAAAAAGGCGCAGGGAUCUGAUGCAAAACAUCCUACUGAAACAGUAAACUUGUGAUGAUAAUUCCUCUGAGACUUUGUGAAUGUGGAAUCUAUGUGAAUUUGGGUCUUAGAACUAACUAAAAAUAGUAAUAAUAAAUGAAUUAUUAGUUUUUUUUAUUACAUUUGUUAUCAUAUCCAGAUAAGGUAACUAAUAUAACAAGCUAGCUCACAUAGCAGUAAAUGAUAUACUGUGUUGUAGUAUAUUUGUUUUGGGUUUCAUUAAUUCUCCUAAAGAAAUUAUCUAGAGGUAACAGAUGUAGAUACUUAAGAAAUGGAUAUAGUGAUGAAUUAUUUUUUUUAUACUGAGUCAUGUAAAAAUGCAAACGUUUUUCAAAGUGUUUUAAUAUCUUGUUUACAUUAUUUAGGCGAUUAAAACCUUACAUAUGAAAAUAAAAUGUUCUAACUCAUCUACUGCUGGGCAGAUCAUGUCAUUGAUGUAAAACUAACCAAGACUAUGACACUAAUGAAUAAAGAAAUAAAAUAAAAUGCUGUUUUGAACAUUA